CAACAUGAGCGUUGCACAUAUGUGGCGUAUAGAAAUAAAUCAUUAAAUUGUCAACACUCGUCUAUACACUGAGACAAGCACUCCGGCGCUGCGAGCUGUUUAUUUAGGCUUAGGAUGGCCUGGAUCUGGAAGAAGAAGUCAGUGAUAGUUACCAGCCUUAUCGUGGUGGUGUCUCUGUUUUUGGUGGUGAUUAACUGUUCGGAGAAACCCUACUUCCUACUGCAGCCUGUAUUCGGCCAAAGCUUCAGCAGAAACUGGAUGUUCUCUCGUCCACCACACAAAGCCUCCAAACCUCACCACGGCUAUCUCAGCGUUCCUAACCUGGAGCCGCUGAAGCUGCAUUGUGAGGUCUGCAGUGUAGUGUCCAGCUCUGGCCAGAUAUUGGGACGUGAGGCAGGGGCUGACAUUGACCAGUCCUCUUGCAUAUGGAGAAUGAACAAUGCACCCACCCGGGGCUUUGAGAGGGAUGUGGGACACAGGACAGACCUGAGGGUUGUGUCUCACACAAGUGUUCCUCUGCUAAUUCAAAAACCCCAGCACUUCUUCGGACAGGGGAAUGAGACCGUCUAUGUGGUCUGGGGACCACUGCGCAACAUGAGGCAGGAUGGGAAAGGCAUUGUUUACAACAUGCUGCGACAAGCGGUUGAAAACUACCCACAGGCUCGCAUUUACGUCACCACAGAAGAGCGCAUGAAUUACUGCGACACUGUUUUCAAGAAGGAGACCGGCAAAGACAGGAUUCAGUCGGGGUCGUACCUGAGCACUGGUUGGUUCACGCUUAUUCUGGCAAUGGACAUGUGCAAGGAGAUUCGAGUCUACGGCAUGAUCAAUGACACAUACUGCAAAUCAGAAGGCUACAAGAAGGUGCCAUACCACUACUAUGAAGCAGGGAGCCGUGACGAAUGUGCAGAAUACCUCCUCCAUGAGAGUGCUCCUUACGGCGGCCAUCGCUUUAUCACUGAAAAGGCAGUUUUUGCAAAGUGGGCUAAGACGCACCCCAUCAAAUUUUUCAGUCCGGAGUGGCAGCUGUCGUGACCCAGACUCCCAUUCUUUCCGAAAAUUCCCUAGCGCUACCACCCUGUUGGCUAGUUCCCACUUCAUCACAAUGUAAACACAAACUUGCUGUGCAGUGGCAAACAAAUCAUUCCGAUUUGUGAUUUCAAACUGCAGUUUUCUGAGGAAAGUAACUACCCUACACCAUAAGGAAACAUCUAACCACAUUUAUCGAAACUGAUGUCGAUUGUUGCAUGUUCUUAUUUUGUUCUCACCUGGAAAGUCAAGUAGUUAAACAUUUUUUCAGGGGCACAUCAACGAAAACACAUUACAAACUUGUUCAAUCUUUUAUCACUUCAAAUGUAUUCACAUUAGGGCUGGCUGAUAUUCCAAAUUGUAAAAAAGUAUAUUUCGGCAUUUCGAUUAUUUUUCUGUUUAUAUAACUUGGUCUAAAAUGGCUUAUAGGGCAUUCUGCGUCUAAAAUAAAUUACAAUAGAAUAAAACAAUGUAAAAGCAGUGCAGUGGAAGGCAAAAAUGCGCUCUGUGGAAAUAGAACGGAAUAAAUUAUAUCAUCAUAGUACCUAGUACUGGUGAUAAAAAUAGCUACACUGAAACGGAUGUGCACAUAAAUAGCUGGACAAAA